AUGAUGGAGUCGGCAGGAUGGAACGACCAAGGCCACGCCAUGCAUCCCGGCGCCGACGAUGACUUCCAGCAGUUCCUCAACAUGAACAGCAUGGACAGUCUGUCUGAGGGUUUGCAGUUUGACUUCGGCGACUUUCAGAAUCCAAAUGGGGGGAACAUGAUGCAAGUCGCACAUCGUGAGACACUCGAUACACCCAUGAGUGGAACAAAUGGUUCGGUUCUCAUGUCGACAGCCAUGCACAACCAAAUGCACCCCAUGUCGACUGCUCCUCCAAACUCCACGAUACCCUCGAAUAUAAUGUCCACGGCCGCAUCUGUGAACGCCAUCUCCGACAUUGACGCUCAGAUACAAUUCCUGCAGCAACAAAAACUGCAACAGCAGCAGAGGCAAUUGGAGGAGCAGCAAGCAGCCUUCUUCGCCCAACAACAGAGCCGCAUGGUCCCGCCGACUCCUCAGAGUCUGGAGAUACAGGCUGGCAACCAUCAAUUCUAUACCACCCAGCCAGAUCGCGCCACUCAGCAACAACAGCAUCAGGACAUGUUCGAGCGUUUUCAGCGGAUGAAGGAGCAGCAACAGCAGGAUAUGUCAUUUACUCCUCUGGUAUCCCCAGCAGUCACGCCUCUCGAGAGCCAGUUUCCCAUGGACCAGGCAUUCACAGUACCCAAUGCGUACUUCAGUCCACUCACUUCGCCAGCACUGCAUGCUCAAUCUGACCCCAUUGUCAUGUUCGAACAUGGACUGUCUAACGCGAACACCACCACGAGCUCUCCUGAAGGGAUGGACUUGGAGGCCAACCCGCCUCCAUCGUCCGGGCCCGUGUCCAAUGACCUAGCGAAGAAAGGGAGGAAAGCCAAUGCUGCGAAGACCAGGUCCAGGGGGAGCGUUGGGAAAUCACCUAUCACGAAACCGCAGCGGAAGAAGACCGGAUCGACGCCACUCAUGAAUGCACAGACAUUGAGCGAGCUCACUGAACAGGCUGACAAGCCUGCAGAGCUACAACCUCGACCCUCGAAGAAAACACGACAGAUGGAACAAAGCGGGUUCGCCUCAAAUUCAUCUACGGCAGGAAUAACUGAUUCGGAAAAUGAUUCCGUUUCCCCAGAGGCACUGUCGGAAAUGCCUCCUCCACCUUUGCCAAAGACGAGGUCUGCGAAGCCGUCCCCGUGUAUACAGCCACAAAAUAAUGCGACUCCGACUAUGGCACCGACCGCGGCUCCUCAACCUACCGGGAAACCUUCACCUGCAACACCGGCAUCAUUGAUGAGGCUUCCGUCCCCAAACAACGCCAACAAGUCGAGCACUCUGGCUGGUUCGGAUCCGAUGGCCUCAGAAAACAUUGAGAAUUUUGAGUUACCAGAGUCGGUCAGCGCAAAUACAUUCAAGAAGCCAAAUCUGGCACCCUUGAGCACACAGUCGCCACAGAUACGCUCGCCAGCCCCGGAGACAGCCCCUGGAACGGCCUCGUCCUUCCAACCCUUACCUUCGCCAAUUUUUGCAAAGCCAGGCGCAGCAGCCUCGGCAAGCCAGAGCCCUCAGCUCACGCCCGGAUCUUCUGCAACGACACCGAAUCCAAGGAAGACGCCGCAGCUAGCACCACGUAGCGGCAAGAAGAGGGCUAGCAUCAGCUCUUCCCACGUUUCUCCUGCCCUGCGGCCGAGGAUUUCACCCAGUAUCAAGCCACUCUUGCCGGGAGGACUUAGAGCAGAGGACUCGGCAUCGCAGCUUUUGGCAUCCAAGUCCAAUUACCAGAACAUUCUGGAGGGCAACAUGGUGCCUGGAGUGUCAUAUCCCAGCGAGCUGUCCACUAACCUGACGUCGAAGCGGACAUCACACAAGAUUGCCGAGCAAGGCAGGCGGAAUCGAAUAAAUUCGGCCUUGCAAGAAAUCGCGACACUACUGCCGGGUGGGGUCAUUCCCGAAGGCAAAGACAGCGGAGCAGAAAGCGGAGACAAGAAGGACUCCAAGGGCGGUGGUGGACCAAACAGCAAGGCCAGCACUGUCGAGCUAGCGAUCGACUAUAUCAAGCUGCUGAAGCAGCAAGUGGAUGAAGCAAAUAAGCGCGCCGAGCUGGCAGAGAAGAAAUUACAAGAAAAGGAGGGUGCGGUCACGUCGUGA